GAUCCCGUGCUCAGCCUGCCAACAUGAUGAUUUCUGCCACCGAUGUGAACGAUGAGGAAGCCGAUGUGAAGAAUGAAGCCGGCACCAGUGAGACAAACCCCUCGCCUGAAAGUCGGAGCAAUGACUCCUUGCGUGCAUCCGCCGAUGGAUCUCUAGUUUCAAGUGUUCAACCUGCGGUUCCGACAGAUGUUCGUGUGCAGAAAGCCUUCACGAAUUUGCCAGAGACUCCAGCCAUUGAACAGUCUGUGUUGUUUGCGACCCACCAAACCAUAGGAAUUUUGGAUCUUGGAGCAUCACAGACCGUAAUGGGUCGGUAUCAGGUUGAUGAAUUCCUAGAACUGUUACCUGAAUCAGUUCGCUGUCGUGUAUUUGAACAGCCUGUGGACAUGUCGUUUCGCUUUGGCAACAACAGCGUUGUCCCAUGCAGAGUGGCGUUGAUGGUGCCUGUGGAUCGUUUUUGGAUUAAGAUUGCAGUUGUUGAUACCAGAACCCCAUUUUUGAUUUCCAACAAUGUUUGCAGAUCUCUGGGAGCAGUUAUUGAUACCACCAAUCAAACCAUAUGCUUUCGUGAGUUGGAUUGCACCAUGCCACUGAUACUUUCUGGCAAGAAACUCUUUCUGCUAGAUUUUUCGGAGCUAGUCUCGUUGCGACAUCCCAGACCUACUGAGCCCGACAAAACUACCAUGCUGAAAGCUGAGAAUGUCUGUGCGUGCCAGCCCGAAGAAUCCCCUCUUCCGUCCAAAGUGUUGCAUCACGAUGCAAUGGAGAUCAAUAAUGAAAAUUCUGGGGCAAGAUCAGCAGUUCCAGUGAAGCAACUGCCGAAGUUCUCCGGGAUCAAUUCGACAAUCAGCCCACCGAGAUUUCUAAGUCCUUACCUUGUGCGGGUAGCUAUGUCCUCAGCCAAUCUUGCGGAUCGUUUCGCUGCCAUUCAGGAGAUGCAGAACAAGACAAGCAAGGAGAAGACGCUGAUGGCCCUGAGCAUGGAAGAGCUUCAGAAUUUCACCAUCAAGUUCGGCACAGCAAAGGCCGGACUCACAUUCAAGGAGGUGGUCGAGACCGAUCCAAAGUACUGUCAGUGGUUCCUUCGUCAGUGGGGAGCCAGCGGCAAAAGCGAGCACCAAGAGUUCCUGUUCUUUCUGAACCUGUGGACGGAACGCAAGGAAACCGAGAUUGGGAUCGAUGGAUCAAAGACUGGCGCCCAACUGCCAGUGAAGCCUCAGCCAAAAGCCGGUGGCAAGGCUCAUGGAGCAUCCUCCACGGGGAUGCCGAUCGACCUCGAGAUCGACGAGGAGCCAUGGGAUCAGGUGUCCAUUGCCGAAUCCCUCAUGCCCUCCAAGAUGAUGAGCCGCAUCGACCAACUCGAGAAUGUUCUGAUGCAAGUUGUGAGUCAGUUGCAAAGCCUGACACCUCCGGCCGCAGCUGAGCCAAAAAUAUCUCGACCAGCCAGUCUGCCUGAACCGCGUGAGUUCAAUGACUGUGUGGGCUGCGAUCUCGUGACAUGGACCUCCCGUGCUGGAAAACAGUUUCAAUUCUUGCACAUGAUUGACGCUGCCACAAAUUUUCAGGUUGCUACCUCAAUUUUUCGAACUGAUGCCGAAUCCAUGUUUGAAACCAUGCAAGACUGUUGGUUCCACUGGGCAGGACCAUGUCAGCAACUGAUUGUUGACAAUGCGUCCCCGAUAUGUUCCGAUCAGUUUGCCGAAUAUGCUCAAGGUCAAAAUAUCCACCUUAGGGUGAUUGCAGCGUUUGCUCAUUGGCAGAAUGGAAAGACAGAACGUUAUGGAGAUAUCCUUCAGCACAUGCUUGAGAAAUUUGAUGUAGAUCGUGAAAUCAAGACGGAUUUGGAAUUCCGACAAGCCCUGCGCCUGUGUUGUCAAGCAAAGAACUCACUGGCCAGAUCAAAAGGAUAUACACCCGAAAUUCUUGUUCUGGGUAAAAGUAGAAAGAUGCCUGGUAGCCUAUGUGAAGGUCAUGCCGAUCCUGCUCAGUACCUAGCUGACUCAGAGAGUCCCGAGGGUAUCGCCUUUAGACAACACCUUGAAUACCGAGAACUGGCCAGAAAAGCAUUUGUGCAAACUGACAACAGUGAUCGUUUGAGACGAGCCUUUUUGAGACGUCAGCGACCGCAUCGUGGUCAUUUUGCAAGCGGUGCUUUUGUCAUGUUCUGGCGUCCCGGACGUGGUGAAAUCAAAGGAAAAUGGCAUGGACCAGCUAGGAUCAUAAUCCAGGAAUCUGAAAAUGUGAUUUGGAUUUCCUUUUCAAGUCGUGUGUAUCGGGUUGCACCUGAACAUGUUCGGUUCCUUUCCGAAAGGGAAGCCUAUCAAUACAGUACAACCCUGGAAGCCACCAAGAUGUUACCUCCUCCCAAAGAAUUGGGAAAAGGAGUUUUCCAAUAUGAAGAUCUGACAGGGUUUCAAGGAAUGCCACCUAGCAACCUGAGUCAUGAACAGAUGCCUGGAAACGAGAUGCCUUUGGAAGCUGCUCCUGCCGUUGAUGCCACACCGGAAGCAGAGAGUCAACCAGACUCUGAACCCUGCAUGCCUCCAGCCUCUCAGGCGGACAGUAAGUACACACCCACCACUCCACUGCAUGAAGAAACCAAUAAAACACCGGCAUUGAAACCAGAAGAGAUUCCUGUUCCUGAAGCUGAUGAUCUCAUGCUUGAGGAUGUUUGGGUGUGUCAGCCUGACAAGAUCCUGCGGAUUCACAACAAGCCUCGGUUUUCCACCUUUGAUCCAAGCAGUUGCCCAGACUGUCCUGUGGACAUCCUGCACUUGUCCGACACUCGUGUCACAACGGGCACAACUCCGACAGGAGCAGCUUGGCUCGAACAUGAUACGUGGGGGUGUCAUGAGAAUAUAUGGUGCAAAGAUCAUCCAUGGACUGGAGUCUCCGUUUUCAUUGUAGUUCCUGAUGCCGGACAAGCCAUUCUGUCCUGCGAAGACAUAAUGCAUGACCUGGAUGCUACGGAUGCAGCCAUUGAAGGUAAGAAUCGAAAGGCCAAAGCCAGACUUGUUGUUCUUGGUUACAUGGACCCCAAUAUCACUGAAAUACCAAGAGACUCCCCAACGUUGCAGCGCGAUUCUCGAUCUCUGUUGCUACAAUACUGUGCUGCACGUCGCUGGAAAAUUCGAAGCUUUGAUGUGAAGACUGCGUUCCUCAGAGGAUCCCGCCGUGAUAACCGUGUGUUAGGGGUAAAACCUCCUCCUGAACUCAGAGAAAAACUUCAGUUAAAGGAAAAUGAAACAUGUGAACUUCUGAAAUCCGCAUAUGGCCUGGUGAAUGCUCCAUAUCUCUGGUAUGUGGAAUUUAAGGAAUGUUUACUGUCACUGAAAUUCCAGCUCAGCCCGUUAGAUCCUUGCCUGUUUUCCUUGGUUGAUGAACAUGGAGUGGUACAUGGAUUGAUAGGAGUACAUGUGGAUGAUGGUCUUUGUGCGGGAGACGAGGUUUUUGACAGAGCUCUGCAGCAAUUGGAAAAUCGAUAUCCUUUCGGUUCUAAACGUGACACCAAUUUCACUUUCACUGGAAUCCAACUCACUCAAGACAAACAGUUCAACAUAUUUCUCAGUCAAAUGGAUUACAUUUUUGCAAUUGAAGCUAUUCCCAUUGAACGUCAACGAAGAAAACAAGAGUCACUGCCAGUAACCGAAGGAGAGCGCCAAAAUUUGCGUGGCCUCAUUGGCUCCCUGCAAUAUGCUGCUACAAAUACGCGUCCUGACCUCUCAGCACGUUUGAGCUUUCUCCAGUCAAAGAUAAACUGUGCUACCAUCAAAGACUUGUUGGAAGCAAAUCGACUCCUGGGAGAUACGAAGACGCAUGCUGAUGUGUCAAUCAAAAUAGCAAACAUACCAUGUGAUGACAUUCGAAUAGUUGCAUAUUCCGAUGCCUCUUUCGCCACACGAGAGAAACUUCAUAGCCAAAAGGGUGGUUUGUUUUUAGCUACUCAUAAGGACAUUUUUGAGCAGAAAAGCGCUAUUGCAAGCCCACUGUCGUGGUAUUCAAAGAAGAUUGACCGUGUUGUAGCAAGUACUUUGGCAUCCGAAACAUAUGCACUGUUAUCCGCAGUGGACACUGCCAACUGGCUCCGUUUGAUGUGGGAAUGGAUUAAAAAUCCCACAAUCCCUUGGCGAGAUCCUGAAAGGGUCUGGAUGAAGGCUCCACCUGGCAUCGCAAUAAUGGACUACAAAUCCCUCUUUGAUGUAAUUUCGAAGAACACAACACCUCAGUAUCAAGAACAUCGAACUCUUAUCGAAACCUUAGUGAUUAAAGAUCAUAUUCAGUCCGGGAUAACACCCUAUUGGGUUCAUAGUGCUGCUCAAUUAUCAGAUGCAUUGACAAAAAUCAUGGACUGUUUUCGACUACGAGAAUUUCUCAAGCAAUGCAAAACCUGUCUUCAUGACAUUGAUGAAACUCUAAAACAACGCGCCGAUCGAAAAGCCUUCAAAACCUGGUUGUCAGAAACGGUUUCCAACACCGUAAGCCCAUACGAAGCACUCACAUCGCCAGGAUGA